AUGGCUACCCUAAAGAUCCACGGCGGCAGCGCCUUUCUGAACUGGCGAGCUACCACUCCGCGCCUAUAUGUGACGGCUGAGAGCGACGACUUCGACGACCUCACCCUGCAGGCAUGGCGUGAUGAAGGCUUCGAGGUGAAUUACCUGCCGUUUGGUGACGGCGGUAAGCAGUAUGUCAAGACGCUGCAUUCACUCAAAGAUAGUCUUGGUGUAGGCGGCACCUAUGCUAUAGUAGCCUUCGGUGACGCCGCCUCCGUCUGCCUCGAGACGUUUAUUCGCCAAGACCUGAAGCUCAGCGCUCUCGUCGCCUACUAUCCCUCGUCAAUCCCCGACCCUCAGACGCAGUUCAUGCCCUCGUUACGCGUCAUGGUCCACCUUGCCGGAACCCAAAUCGGCGUGAACAAGAACACGGAAAUAUUGGGUCUUCAAGGCAAGAGAAGGACCAUCACCAAGAAGAUAACGCCUGGAAUCGGCACCGGCGGCAUGCAAAAGCUGAAGUACCCGUGUUUUACCUACCAAGGCGUCGAGCCUGGGUUUGCCGAACACGACCUGGAAGAGUACGACAAGGUCGCCGACGCCGUUGCAUGGAGCCGCUCUCUUGACACCGUCCGACGAGGCUUCUCUGCCGAGCUGGACAUCGAAACUGUCUGGGAAGAGAACGAGGAGCACAAAUUCCGCACGCCCAACACAGAGAAGCUUCUCAACACCAUGACCGACCUCCACACGCCUCACGUCACCUACACGCCGACCAUGACCGGCGCCAAGGGCAAAGAGGACCUCGCCCGCUUCUACGACGAAUACUUCCUGCCGUCAAUCAGUCCACGCGCGAAUCCGCCCACCGGCUUGAAAACGCGCCUGAUUUCCCGGACCAUCGGCGUCGACCGCAUCGUCGACGAGUUGCUCGUCAGCUUCAAGCACGCCCAGCCCAUGCCGUGGAUCCUGCCUGGCAUACCGCCCACUGGACUGCCUGUCGAAAUUGUGCUGGUCAACAUCGUGGCGCUGCGCGGUGGGAAGCUGUUCAGCGAGCACGUCUACUGGGACCAGGCGGCCGUGCUGGUCCAGGUGGGGCUUCUGGACAUUGAGGACGUACCGGAGAAGUGGCAGCAGAAGGGUGUGAAGGAGCUGCCAGUUGUUGGGGAGGAGAGCGCGAGAAAAGUGGUGGAUGAGGAUAGGGAGCCCUGGAAUGAGCUGAUUGCGGAUUGGUAA